AUGGAUUUUAAUUCGAGAAAAAAAAAAAAAAAGGGUAACAAUAAAAAUGAUCUGUACAAUGAGAAUAUAAAUAUUUACCUUGAGGAAAAUGACAAUUACAUACUUGAUUUAGAAAAAAAGGUUCAGACGCUCAAACUGCUUGGUUCCAACCUGAGAGAUGAAGUCAGGACAUCUAAUUCUCUCCUAGACAAUCUUUCGGACAGGAUGGAAAAUGUGAAUAAAAAAUUGACAGGAGUGUAUAGACGCGUGAAAAAUAUUAUAAAGACAAAGGGCAAUAAAUACAUGUUUUACCUUAUCCUAUUCUUCCUAUUUUUGUUGUUUUUUAUGAAUUACUUAUACCGAAAAAAUAGAUAA